CACUCUUCGUCGAUGACCAUCCGAAGCCUAGGAAUAGGCUAUCGAUAGCGUAGGGAGAACCGCUUAUAUACACCCCACGUGUGGCAACGUACGCUGUUUAGCAGACGCAUUCUCCAAAAUCACAAGCCAGCUUCCACCUGUUCCGAAGAGGCCAAGGCGGCCAACUCGAGUCAGCAUAUACACAUUCACAAAGUAACCCAGAAGCGAAGAGGCUACUUUAAUAGUCCCUUUACUUCUCAUAAACUAUUCCAUCUAGUAUCCUGUCUCAUUCUUUCUCCCCAUCUUCGUAAUCAUGGCAAAGACGUACGAGCUACCCUUCAAGCUUAUCAAUCCCGGCCUCUUCCACACCGAAUCAUUCGUGCAUGGCGAAUGGGUAAAGUCAAAAUCUGGACACUUCUUCGAAGUCAUAGACCCCGGAACCGGGAACCCAUGGGCUUCUUGUCCCACGAACGAUGCAGCCGACGUUGAUGCAGCCGUUGAAAGCUGCCACACUUGCUUCGAGUCCUACAAGAAAAUCAGCCCACGCUCCCGCGCUCAAAUGCUCUUCAAGUGGGAUUCUCUGAUCCGCGAGAACCGCGAAGAUCUCGCCAUGCUCUUGGUCUACGAAACCGGGAAGCCGCGCUCAGAAGCCUAUGGCGAGCUCGAGUACUCCGCAGGUUUCACGUGGUGGUUCGCCGGGGAAGCUGAGAGGAUACAGGGAACCGUUUUCACACCUUCCACGCCUGAUAGACGAGUCUUCACUAUCAAGCAACCGCUUGGUGUGGCCGCAGCGUUGGUGCCGUGGAAUUUCCCUAUAGCGAUGGUGCUGAGGAAAGCUGGUGCUGCUUUGGCAGCCGGUUGCACAAUGGUCGUUAAGCCAUCCCCAGAAACGCCGAUUACGUGUCUCGCCCUUGCCUAUCUAGCUGAUAAAGCUGGCUUUCCGAAAGGCGCGCUGAAUGUGCUCACUACAGAUCUCGAGAAGACGCCUGAGCUGAGUGAGGCGCUGUGCCGACAUUCCCUGGUGAAGAAGGUCACGUUUACGGGUUCGACGCGGGUGGGUAAACUGAUCGCGAAACUGUGCUCAGACGGGCUAAAGAAGGUGACACUGGAGCUUGGGGGUAACUGCCCGUUCCUGAUAUUCGAUGAUGCGAAUAUCGAUCAAGCGAUGGGUCAGCUCUUUGCGCUGAAGUGGCGGCAUGCGGGCCAGGCGUGCGUCACUGCAAACCGCGUUUACGUACAGGCGGGUAUCUUCGACGCCUUCCUCGAGAGAUGGAGCACAGAGUCGAAGAAACUCAUCGUCGGACACGGAGCUGACAAGACCACAACUAUGGGUCCUGUUACCACCCCCCGCGGCGUUGAAAAAGCCCUCUCCCUCGUCGCUGACGCAAAGAAGAAAGGCGCUAAAGUCCUCAUGGGAGGUAACAAGCUCUCAGAUACCACAGGCUACUUCUUCGAGCCGACCGUCAUCACCGGCAUCACGGACGACAUGGAAAUCGCUUCAGAAGAAAUAUUCGCGCCAAUAUGCACGUUCAUCAGAUUCGAGACGGAGACCGAAGCUGUCAAGGCAGCAAACGAUACGAGUAUGGGGCUGGCGUCGUAUUGCUUUACGAAAAACGUUGAUCGGAUCUGGCGGCUGUUUGAGAAUCUGGAGGCGGGUAUGAUUGGGCUGAAUACUGGAAAUUCAUCAGCAGCUGAAUCGCCGUUCGGUGGCAUGAAACAGUCGGGAUAUGGGAAGGAAUCCGGGAAGGAUGUUGCGGUGGCUGAGUAUAUGACUACGAAGACUGGAACGCUGACUGUGGAGGGGAUCAUCUGAGGUGCCCUCCGAGAACUUACGGGUAGGCCAUUUUAUUCCAGUACUCGACUCUUGUUUAGCUUGUUAGAAUAUUUACAUUCUGCCUGAAAAUUUUCAGAACUCCCGGAUUCCCUUCAAGCGUUUAUGCACGCGUGCAGGAGGGUAGCGGAUGUGCGUUGGUCUCGUGUCUGUGGAGAUGGCGAUAGUACAGAAUCCACGGGUCUGAUAUAGCUCUUUGAAACCUUUACAUUCUGUCUGGAAG